CGACGUCAUCGUCAGGAUUGUUCAGGCUCAGAAUGGAAACGUCUGGAACUUUCCACGCUGUUUAUAACCAAAACGUCGGCGCGCGUGCUGGGCUGAGAAGAGAAGGACAUCGACUGGAAUUAGAGAAAUAGAAUUUCGGCGCAAGCCUUUAAAUAUCUUUAACGUUUAUGCUUCACAGGCCGCUGGACGGUCAAAAUGGGGAAGGACUACUACGAUAUUCUGGGAAUUAAGAAAGGAGCGUCGGAGGACGACAUCAAAAAGGCUUAUCGAAAACAGGCUCUAAAAUACCAUCCCGACAAAAACAAGUCACCAGGAGCCGAGGACAAAUUUAAAGAAAUCGCAGAGGCUUACGAUGUCUUGAGCGACCCAAAGAAAAAGGAUGUAUACGAUCGAUUUGGCGAAGAAGGUUUGAAAGGAGGAGGAGGAUCCACAGGUAGCAGUAGUGGUCCUGGAAACUUCAGCUACACCUUCCAGGGUGACCCCCAUGUCAUCUUUAGUGAGUUUUUUGGUGGACGCAACCCUUUUGAGGAGUUUUUUGGUGCUCGCAACGGAGGCGUGGAGAACAUGGACACUGACGACCCGUUCUCUCGAUUUGGGAUGGGUGGCACUGGCGGCGGUGGAAUGGGUGGCUUCUCACGUUCCUUCAACCCGGGUAUGGGAGGAAUGGGUGGUCCCACAAGUGUUGUGAAGAAACAUCAAGACCCACCAGUGGUUCAUGAUCUCAGAGUGGCGCUGGACGAGGUGCUGAUGGGAUGCACAAAGAAAAUGAAAAUAUCUCGCAAAAGGUUGAACUCUGAUGGACGGACGACGCGGCCAGAGGAGAAAAUUCUUGAAGUGCAAAUAAAGAAAGGGUGGAAGGAGGGCACCAAAAUCACAUUUCCCAGAGAGGGUGAUGAAACUCCAAGAAACAUUCCAGCAGACAUCGUGUUUGUGUUGAAGGACAAGCCACAUCCAGUAUUCAAAAGGGACGGCUCAGAUAUCAUCUACACUGCCAAGAUCUCUCUUAGAGAUGCCUUAUGUGGUUGUACAAUACAAGCACCCACAUUAGAUGGCAGAUUGUUGCCUGUGUCCACAACUGAUGUCGUGCAACCAGGAAUGAAGCGACGGAUCAGCGGGGAGGGGCUGCCUUAUCCCAAAAGACCCAACCGCCGUGGCGACCUGAUCAUAGUGUAUGAGGUGAAAUUCCCAGAACGUCUCAGUGAGAGCGCUCGGAACACCAUCGCCCAGGUUCUUCCACGGUCCUAAGGAAGACUGCACUCCCUAAAUGCUGCCAACUUUUUUAUACGUUACUCAUCACAAGAACUUUUAUAAAAAUAAAGUCACUAAUGAUACAGGCAAAACUUCUGGUUCAGCUUGUCCUUUUGUACAUGUGGUUCUCAAAGUAAAUGGGACCUUUUCACAAUUAAUCCAUAAGUUGUACGAAUAUGACUAAAUGCCGUUUGGCUUUGGUUUACUGAGCAGAAUUAUAUUUUCAUGAACACUAUUGUACAAAAUGUACAUUUGCCACAAUUUCCUAAGAUGUUCUUAAGAGAACUCAUACUCAUUUUUGGUAAGACCUGUAAAAAUAAGACUCCUGCAGUGGAUUGUUUACAGAGUUUGGAUGAAUUGUGGAAAGAGGAGUUUUGUGUGUAUGAGAAAUUGUUGAUGUUGAGUGUUUUGUUUGGGAAAAAUAAAAAGUGAAAAUGG